GACCGGUUCUCGCGAGAUCCGGGCAACUGAGCGCUCGGGGCCUUUUCAAAUCGGGAUCCGUUACCGCUUUCCCGGCCGCCGCCAUUGUAGGGCUCGGAGCCCCUCAGCGCAGGCGGCCGUGGCGUAGGCGGAGGCAGCGGCAGCGGGAUGGCGGACGCCGACAAGCCCGAGGUGCUCGGGGCCGCUGGCGACGACAGUCCGCAUCAGCAGCCAGUGGAGCAGCCGGGCGAGCCGCGGCGAGAACCGCACCCGCCGGAGCCAGAGAAGCAGCCGCCGCAGCACAGCAGCAGCUCCAAUGGCGUUAAAAUGGAAAAUGAUGAAUCAGUCAAAGAAGAUAAAUCUGAAUUAAAAGAAAAAUCUUCAGGAAAUAAGAAGGCCAAUAGAUUUCAUCCUUAUUCGAAAGAUAAGAAUUCAGGCACUGGAGAAAAGAAGGGUCCAAAUCGAAACAGAGUUUUCAUUAGCAACAUCCCAUAUGAUAUGAAAUGGCAAGCUAUUAAAGAUCUAAUGAGAGAAAAAGUCGGUGAGGUUACAUACGUGGAGCUCUUUAAGGAUGCGGAAGGAAAAUCAAGGGGUUGUGGUGUUGUUGAAUUCAAAGAUGAAGAAUUCGUAAAGAAAGCACUAGAAACUAUGAACAAAUAUGAUCUUAGUGGAAGACCCCUGAAUAUUAAAGAGGAUCCUGAUGGAGAAAAUGCUCGUAGGGCAUUGCAACGAACAGGAGGAUCAUUUCCAGGAGGACAUGUACCCGAUAUGGGAUCGGGGUUGAUGAAUUUACCACCUUCCAUUCUCAAUAAUCCAAACAUUCCUCCUGAGGUUAUCAGUAAUUUGCAGGCUGGUAGACUUGGUUCCACAAUUUUUGUUGCUAAUCUUGACUUCAAAGUUGGUUGGAAGAAGCUAAAGGAGGUGUUCAGCAUAGCUGGAACUGUAAAACGGGCAGAUAUUAAAGAAGACAAAGAUGGCAAGAGCAGAGGAAUGGGCACAGUCACUUUUGAACAAGCAAUUGAAGCAGUUCAAGCAAUUUCUAUGUUCAAUGGGCAGUUUUUGUUUGAUAGACCUAUGCAUGUGAAAAUGGAUGACAAGUCUGUCCCUCAUGAAGACUACCGCUCACAUGAUAGUAAAACACCACAGUUACCACGUGGUCUUGGAGGCAUUGGAAUGGGACUUGGUCCAGGUGGACAGCCUAUUAGUGCCAGCCAGUUGAAUAUAGGUGGUGUAAUGGGAAAUUUAGGCCCAAGUGGUAUGGGAAUGGAUGGUCCAGGUUUUGGAGGAAUGAAUAGAAUUGGAGGAGGAAUUGGGUUUGGUGGUCUGGAAGCAAUGAAUAGCAUGGGAGGAUUUGGAGGAGUUGGCCGAAUGGGAGAGCUGUACCGUGGUGCCAUGACUAGUAGCAUGGAGAGAGACUUUGGACGUGGUGAUAUUGGAUUAAAUCGAGGCUUUGGAGAUUCCUUUGGUAGACUUGGUGGUGGCAUGGGUGGCAUGAACAGUGUGACUGGAGGAAUGGGGAUGGGACUAGACCGGAUGAGCUCCAGCUUUGAUAGGAUGGGACCAGGUAUAGGAGCUAUACUGGAAAGGAGCAUCGAUAUGGAUCGAGGAUUUCUAUCCGGUCCAAUGGGAAGCGGAAUGAGAGACAGAAUAGGCUCCAAAGGCAACCAGAUAUUUGUCAGAAAUCUGCCUUUUGACUUGACUUGGCAGAAACUAAAAGAGAAAUUCAGUCAGUGUGGUCAUGUAAUGUUUGCAGAAAUAAAAAUGGAGAAUGGAAAGUCAAAAGGCUGUGGAACAGUCAGAUUUGACUCCCCAGAAUCAGCUGAAAAAGCAUGCAGAAUAAUGAAUGGCAUAAAAAUCAGUGGCAGAGAAAUCGAUGUUCGCUUGGAUCGUAAUGCGUAAUUUUAAACCGCGGUUGGAACAUUCUUACAUCUGUUUUGCUGAAUCUCCUAGAAAAAGUCAUUUUUUUUAGUAAUACUGUAUGCUUACAAAAGCUGUAAAAAUGAACUUUUAAAACUCCCACCAGCUUUUAACAGUAUAGUGUUAAAUAUACUGUGGUUUUUGUUAAUCUCAAGUUUGGGUUUUUAAAGACAGCAAGUUGGUCAUUCAGUUUAAAUGAAUGGUUAUACUGUUUUUAAUGAAAUAAGCCAUUUUUCUUGUUGUUACUUUCAGUACUACAUAGUGGGAUUUGUCCAAGUUUCCUCAACUUUUAUCAACUUACUGUAAGGUAAAACAGAUGGUUUUUUCAAAACUUCCGUUUUAUAUAUGUAAUUGUCCUUGAAAAGAAAGGGCUCAGACAAAUUAGGAUGUGAUUUUGGGUUGGUUUUAAAUUACUUUUCUUUGGUGAUGAAGAAUUACUGUAAGUAAGUUUUAGAUUCUAAAGUUCAGGAAAUUUUUUAUUUGACUUAAAUGAAGAAAUGGAGUUUUCCUGCUCUUCCUUCUCCCAUCAUCCACGUUUUCCACAUAACCCUAUUAAUAUCAACCUCCACAGCCCCUUAUUUUAUUAUUUCCGAUGAUUCCAAGUUCAUAUAGAACCGAUAAUAUGGUAAUCCCCAAGUAUAAUAAUAGGCAGACUACUCCCAGCUUUCUGUCUAGUUUCCAGCCAUUGAAGUGAACUGCUGAAAAAAGGAAAAUAAUAGAAAUGUUGAGAGAGAUGGUUAUGUAAGUUAGUCCUCUGCUGUUCACUUCUACAGGAGCUGAUGCAUUUAUAAAUGCAGUUUUAAUAAACCAUGGAACACCUAGGCACAGCAUAUCAAACACAUUGGAUCCCACGAUGUUAGACAUAGCCAUAUCUCCUUUGCCUGCAAAAAAAAAAAAAAAAAAAAAAAAAAAAAGCAUGUUGUUAAAAUGUGCACACCAAUGCUGUAUUUUUAUUAAUAAGCUUCAUAAAAAAAACACUGGAAAUUUUUUUUGUUUGUUGGUUUUGGAAAAUUGUUAUUAGAACAAAAGUCUUACUGAAUUUGUAUUUUUUAAUUUUGGGGGGGUUAGUAUUUAAAGUCUUAACAUUUAUUUAAUAAUAAUUAUCUUUAUUUAUUAAACCAUUUUUUAAUAAGGUCUGUAGAUUACUUGUUGCUUUUCAUUCUCAUUUAAUAUGGUUAAUUAUGAUUUAAUGCACAUUUCAGAUGAGUAUUAUUUGGGGGUUAGAUUUAGUGAAGUUAAUCUGCAAUUAAAUAGUAAACCCUUCCUCUUGAGUCACUCUUUUUUUUUUUCUUCAAAGUAUGCUGAGGAAAUUUUUUUUUUAAUGUUUAUUCAUUUUUAAGAGACAGACUGAGUGAGGGGAGGGGCAGAGAGAGAGGGAGACAGAAUCUGAAGCAGGCUCCAGGCUCCGAGCUGUCAGCACUGAGCCUGAUGCGAGGCUCCAACUCACGAAUCAUGAGAUCAUGACCUGAGCUGAAGUCGGACGAUUAACUGACUGAGCCACCCGGGUGCCCUGAGGAAAUAAAUAUUUUUAAAGGUACUUUUGCUCAGUGUAUUUCAGCCAGGCUUGAAGAAUGGGCAUUGCAUCACGAGGGACCUAGCUCUUACCUUUUCUUGCAACCAACACACUGGCAAUUGUGUCUGGCAGGCUUGUUCCUGCUGCUAAUAAAGUAAGGCCCAUUACUGUGUCUGGAAUUUCUAAUGUUUCCCCUAUAAUAAACAUAGAUACUACAAGUUACAAAUCUUAUAGAUUCAAUAACCAUUCUCUGCAGUUAUUUCAGAUAUUUCCUUCCUGAACAAAAAGAAAAUAGGCACAUUUAGAUUUCACAACCAAUAUGUACUUAGAUUUUAGCUAGAAAAAUAUUUGAAUAAGAUUGGUAAAUUGGGUAAUACAGGUAGUACAGAUUUUUAAUGAUAGAUAUCUAAAGAUAUUUAAUAGACAAAAUUCUACUAAGGAAUAAUUCCCCUGCCUGAUAAUGCCUACCAAAGGUUUGGAUGUUCACUAUUAACUGAUCAAGGCUGUUGCUUAAUAUAUGCUAAUGAUAAGAUUGGUUAUUUUCUCUUUUGCAAAGCAUUUUCUUAAAGUGGUCAGAAUUAAACAAGUUGUUUAUAGCUAUUUUUAACCUAUAAAUGUGUUAACAUGGUACACAUUUUUUAGGUCCUACUUUGGUGAUAUACCUUAAAGGAAAACAAAAAUUGGGUUCUACCUGAAUCUUCCUAACAUCAUGUUCCCGAUUUAUUAAUCCUUCUGUUAAGUUUGAUGUCAGUUCAGCAUUUUCCAGAAAUGUGUUCAGAAACAGAAUCAGAGGGAAGUUAAAUAAAAAAACAUGUAACUGCUCUUUUAAUGUUGCAAUUGAAUACUUACCUUAAAGUCUUUUUCUUAAAAUGUCAAUUAAAAGUACUUUAAGUAGCUGUUUAUUGCAUGCUUUAUAUAUUGAUAUUGGAAUUAUAGUUGGUUGUUAAUUUUUGUUACUGGUUUGCCAGAGUUCAUAUGUACAUAAAUAACACUAAUAUUUAUCAUCUUGGGGGCUGUUCUAUGAUCUGUUACUUGAUUUUGCUCUUUUCCUGAUUUCCUAUUGUUAAGUAUAUUCUGGCUGAGAAAAUUUGGAGAGAUUUAAUAUGCAAGCUAAUUGGACUUUUUCAUCCUUGUCAUUAAAAGAAAAGAAAUACUCUGCUCUUUGCUAGCAUGCUAUUCUAAGUCAUAUAUUAAUUUGGGGAAAGUCAGAGAUCGGCAAGCUUUUUUUGUAAAGGGCCAUGUAGUAAUUAUUUUAGGCAAUGCAGGCUAUAUGGUUUCUGUUGCAAAUAUUCACCUCUGCCAUUUCAGUGUGAGAACAUCCACAGAUAAUAUAUAAAUGAUUGGGUGUGAUUAUGUUCAGUAAAACUUAAUGAGCAAAAACAGAAGUCCUGACGGUUUGGGCACACAGACCAUAGUUUGCUCACCUCUGAUAUGUUCAUUUGGGUUAACCUUUCUGGGAGAAAUUCUUGAUUUUUUUUUUUUUUAUACCUAUGUUUAUAUUCAGUGUUUUUCUUUUGGAGUUCUGUGAAACUAGAGCUGAUUAUGGCCAGUGGUAAUAUUUAAAUUUUAAUCAUGAAGGUAGUAGAAACCUAAACUUAAAUUUUAUUUUAUGUACUUUUUACCCAUUUCAUAGUUGGUUUGUAUUGCCAUAUCCAAAAGCAAAGUGAAAUGUAAUCCAGUUAAACAGUGAGCAUGCACUGUUUUCUCAAAAUAUUGUCCCUUUGCUAUAUUUUUCAUUGUGGAAUAGAAUUCAAUGGAUAGAGCAUAUUGUAGACCCCAUACAAUGUGAUUUAAUUAUUAGCAUAAUAGGAGGACAUCCUGUGUACUUGAUUUCAUUUAUAAGAAGAUCCCUUGACUUGUAACUCUAGGCUGUAUAAUAUUUGAGAAUACAGUUGGUAUGUAAUACACAACUUACAAACCCCUGAAUGAUCUUGCUGGUAUAUUAAUAUUUAAUCUUUUUGUAAAUAGCAGUUAUCUUUAGUCUUUGUGGAAAGAGAAAUUCCUCCUUAGCUAGACUUUUAGUGAAUAUAAGCAGUUCUUCUGUGAAACUGAUUAUUUUCUUUUUUAAAUUGUGCUCUUGUACUAAAGAUACAUACCAGUUAUUGUGACCAUCCAAACCAGGAUAUAUGUAAAUGCGGAUAUCCAUAGUGCUGACACGAGAAAGGUUAUCAUAAAGUAAUUUUUCCAAAACUUUCUUCUACAAUCUGGUGUGGUUAGAAAAAGUAAGGUAAUGAUAGGAAGGGAUAGUACCCAAAAAAUUCUUUUUAAGUCUGCUUCAGGCAUGUUGAAAACACUUGGUGGAUCUGUUGAGGAAAAAAUAAAUGAUUUUGAGUUUUCUCAAAUGGCCAAUUAAGUUGGAAAUGUCCAUUUAGAAAGCUAUAUUGAAAUAAAUUAGCUGUAUCAGUUUCUAAGAGGCUAUUUAAAACAUUUGAAUACCUCAUUACUGAUAUUGCUGGCAAAAAGGAACUAAUUGAGACUUUAGGGCAGACAGUAUAAAAUGCGAUACUCAGCAUUUCUUGAUUUGGGACCUAAAAUCCAUCAAAAUAUCUUGGAUCAUUCAGUAAAUGUAUUAGACAUAAUGUUUAUUAAGUGUCAGUUGGACUUCUCUUGGUUUUCUACAAUAUGAAUGGUUUUUAGUAACUUUUUUUGCUUAUGGGACUAACUUGCCUUCUACCUAUUGUAGCUAAUAUAGUUGUCUCUGUCCUCCAGUAUUGAUGAUGUCUCUAGCCUGCCCUGUGUAUCAGAUAAUGCAUACUUAAGAUGUAUAAAACAAUUAUAGCAUAAUAUUUUUAUUAAGUUGAAUAUUCCAUUCUAAAUAUCAUUGUGAUUUUUGGGGACUUCAGGUUUUCUUUCUUAACAUUUAUUUGUUAAAUUUGGAAUUCACUAUAAUUCUUAGGAAGAGCCUUUAAGAAAAUAGGAACUAGUAUGCAAUCUACAAUAUAACUUAUAAAACUUGAGUAUGUUCUUUUAUGUAAUUUGUUUUGUUAAGUUAGUGGAAGACAAUAAUAUAUUGGAUAAAAAUAAGAGUUCACUUUAAAAUUAUUUAAAAUUUGCAUGGCAUUUACAAAAUAAUGUACUAUAUUGCAAUGUACCAUAAUUAGCCAUGUAUUGGAUCAAAUUACAUUACAACUAAUGCCAGUAAAAUAACUCAUGAAAAAAUUUGCAAAGCUUCAGCCAAUGGACCAUUAAAUAAUAUUAGAUAUAAUUUUAGUGUAACGAAAAGAUUCUUUUGGUUCUUUUGAAUUUCUUGUUAAAAAAUUUAACUUAGCAAUAUGCCACUUGCACCUGAAAGUCUAGAAACUAAUUUUUAUAAGAAGGGGAAAUGUCAUGUUGUAAUUUUUUUAGGUAGUAAAUUAGAAUAGCUUCCUAAUGUACUUAGGUAAAUUUAGAAUCUGUUUCAUACAACCACUUUGUAGAAAACUAAUGCAUAAAUUUCUGUUUCUGGCCCUAGAUGAACUUCUACUAAACGCAUUUAUCCACAUGUUCUGCAACUGCUUCCGAUGACAUAUUUAAAACUGGUUUUUCGCACACCAGCACUUUUUCCUAAAUUCCAAGUUUUUGUAAAUGGUGUUCCCCUUUUCUCAAUCAGUCAUGAACGAAGCCUCAGAAUUUCCUCUGCUCCCUUUUCUGACCUGUACAGUCUUUCAGUUGCCCCACCUUGGUGAUGCUUUCUCUGCAUUGUCUCUUUUAUUCCUACUCCUUUGCUCUGUCCAGGCACCUACCAAACACACCAGCUGUUUUAGUGGCUUCUUACAGACCUCCAUUUCUUUUAUCCUCUGAUUGCCCUGCUCAGAAACCUGCAGAGAUUUACAUACUAGCAUAUAAGGCUCUCCUAUUCUUUACUAUCAACCUUUAAUCUGCUUCUUUAACGUAUACAUUCUGUGCUCCAGGUAUGCAAGUUCUUGACCAGGCCUUUUGCUCAUAUUAAUUCGUUGGCCAUCAGUUUAUCGAAUAUACUUUACUUUUACUUCUAUGUUAUUUACAUAACAGACUUCUGUAACUGUUAAUUAUUGGUAAUAAAUCAGGCCAUCAGUUAAAAUCCGAUCUAUUCCACAAGGCUCAGUUUAAAUGCUGCCUUCUCUGUGGUUAUCUUUCCUAGCUUUUAUACAAAUUUUAUACAGUCUGUCCCAUUUAGGAACUGCAGUUGUACUUUAUUUUCUCCUCUUUAUAGUACUUAAACCUUUGUAUUCUAGCUAUUUUCUUUUUUCUCUACAGUACUGGCAGAUUCUUAAGGAUAGGGACCACCUCUUCCUCAUGUCUGAAUAUCCACAGUGUCUUACAUAAAAAGUAUAUAGUAAUUGCUGAAUCAAAAUGAGACAAGUUUUUCUAGUGAGUAGAUUUAAUAGUGGGCAUGAUGUGCUUAUUACCUUCAGAAACCUGACUAAGACCAUGUAAACUUAAAGGAAGCUGAGAGUAGCCAGAAUCGUCAUGAAAAAUCCCACUGUCAGUUCUUGAUUGCCGACGGAUGAGUGGCUGACCCUCGUCUUCCCAUCCCAUCAGUGGUUCUUGCUCACUUCUCCUCUCCGUAGUUUCGGCAAGACAAGUGCAGCAAGGGCUGAAUUUCUUUGUAAUAUAUUGGUUAACUUUAAUGUCAAAACACAGCACCAAAACAUAUAAUCCAUAUAUCAAAAGCAGUAAAGUUCCUUCAUACCUAUAAAUUAGAGAAAUUUGUGUAUUUUAAAAUAAAAAAAAACAAAGGUUUUGUAGAGCUAGUAGUUUGGGGGCAGUAUCUGCUUAAUAAUUUUCCAACACAGCACUAAAACAAGCAAAUAAUAUUUCUAGGUGUAUUUUGGUUUUAUAGUUGUGUCCAAACUUGGCCAUAGCAUUACAAAUUUAUGCAUAAUAGCUUGGCAUUCAUUUCUAUAUUUCAUAUAAAACCAAGGAUUCUAAAUUCAUUGUCUUCAUUUAUACUUUACAAAUUAUAGGCAUAAAAAAUGCUUUGAAAAUAAAAAUUGUAGACUUUCAAAAUAAAAGUUAAACUAGUAAAUAGUGAUGGGAAUUCUCCAUCUCAGUUUAUUGACAGCAUGCAUUCCUCAAAAUAUACAGUAUUAUAAAAAAAUAUGGUUUAUCUGUUAGUUCAUUUCAACUGUGUCUAUUCAAAUCUGGUGUAAGAAUUUUGUGUAAACUAUUCAGAAUAUAUAAGGCUUUGGGACUUUUCAGUUUACAGGGUUUUUUUUCAUUUUUUUUUUUUUUUUGAUAUAACUAAAUUUGGCUUGUAGUCACAAGACAAUAAGGAUAUUUAAAAAAUGAAAUUACAUCAUAGGCACUAAGAACUGUUGUCCCAUACUCUGGUCUCCUAAAGAGUUGUGGCUAGGUAAUACCACUACAUUUGAACCUUUCAUUUACCUUUUAUUUUAUAGCCAGUGAAGCUCUGCUACACUGAAAGCACAGAAUUCUUGUUCUCCCUAAUGGAGGGAGCAUAGGUUUGGAUACUCUUACAGUUAUUGUCAUUGUCCCUUUAGAGACCAUCAUUAGGACAGUCAUUGUCACUUUAAAGAUAGCUGCUGAGUUCCAGAAGGAUCCCUACUAUAGCCAACAGGCUUUCUUUGGGAGACAGACUAGAUUUCAGGAUGAUUUAUUUAGAAAUUCUGCUCCCUGCAAGAUUUUAAGUUUCUUGUCUGCAGGUCUUAUGCAGGGUUGCUAAGUUGUAAUACUCCAGAAAGUUGUAAAACUCCACUUGUAAUACUCCAGAAAGGUGCCAUUUACAUUGUUUUCUGUUUUUCUGGUAUCCUGUAGCAUUAUGCAGUGCACAGUCUAUAUGGCUGUGCAUUUUACAUUCCUUUCCAUCUCUUGUGACCCCUAGCAUAGUGAUAAAGCCAUAAUAGAUACCUGGUUCUUCUUAGUUGAAAAAGUUAUUAGCUGUCCACUGAGUCACCCUCUUUUUCAUUUUCUUGCAACAGCAAGACACUGGGAGGUAACAAACAAUUGCUAAUACCUAUAUAUUGUUGAUUCUUAGAGGAAGAAGGCUAUAGUUGUUGCUAAAUGAACAUCGGAGAGAGAAUUGGAAGAAUUUAAAGAUUUUAAAAUUUACUUCCUCCGUCAUUUCUCUCCGGUCUUGUGACUAUGACCACUUCUAACCUAGGCAAGGUAAACCACCCAGUAGAAGAAAAGACCCAACUGCUGGGGCUUUAAUUGACAACAAAAGGGGAGACUGAACAGGCUGAGGGGUGAAGGAAGGGUGGUAAUGUCCAGUGAUUAGUGAGACAAGGAGACUCACAUGACUGAAGAACUUUCAAAGGGAAAACCCAGCCAGCACCUGUGAUGAGGAAGUUAGCUCAGAGGCAUGUGGGAAAAUGGUACCAAAGUGGUAGGUAAUUGAGAAGUGACUGAAAUAACAUUUCCGAAAAAGAGAUGUUGUUAAACCAUUGGAAUUUCAUAAAAACCCUCUCUGUAAUUGUGUUUUCCAUAAGAGUAAUGAUCAUUUCAAGCUUACCAGUAAACUUGGUUGUCGAAUAUUAUGCCAAGAACUGCAGCUACACUAAUUGCAUAUGCUGCACAGUCUCUGAAUAAGGGCCAACAUGAUAGCGUUGAGGCCUGUAAAAUGAUAAUUUACUGUUUCCAUUACAGUGUAACUUCAAGUACAUGCUUAGCACAAUACUAAAACUAUAUGUUUGUAGCUAAAUAUUGUAACCUUUUGCAUUUUGCUUAGAGAAGGAAUUUUAAGAAAAAUGGUGUUUCAGAACCUACUCUGGUUUUCAUAAAUUUGACCAAGAGCUAUUUGUGGGUUAACUUUAAAUGAAAUACAUGUUUUUCUACUGAUUAAUAAAUUUGAUUGAACACA